AUGCGAGCAACUGGACUGAUGCCGUUUGUCAUAUUUAUCUCUCCCCCGGAACGAGUGGACGAAUUGCGUCGUUUGCAAAAACAACUUGGCCUGAAAGUGAACUGCUCGGACAUGGAACUGAAAUCAUGUAUCGAGACCAGUCGUAAGAUGGAGGUGCGUUACGGUCAUUGGUUUGAUAAAGUGAUCAUUCCGGAGACACUAGACAUCACGGUUACUGAAUUGCGUACAAUCGCAACCCGACUGGAACGCGAACCUUCAUGGGUUCCCCGCCACUGGUUGUACUGA